AUGAAGAUUUCCACCGUUCUCUCUACCUUGAUGGUAGCUGGCCUCGUUGCCGCCGCUCCUCCUGCCGAGCGCCCUACCGGUCUCCAGAAGGCUCCGGCUCCUCUUCCUACCGCUGAUGCUCCUGUCCCACCCAAGCCGGACAAUGACAAUGACAAGCGUGGAGAUGUUCCCCUGCCUAAGAAGCCUACCGAUCUCCCAGCUCCUCCCAAGGAUAUCAAGGAGAACGACAAUGGCAAGCGCGGUGACGUGCCGCUUCCUCCUACCGACAAGCCUCUCCCUCCGAAGGAGAAACACGACAACGACAAGCGUGGCGAUGUCCCUCCACCUCCUCCCACCGAUAGGCCCCUUCCUCCCAAGGAAGAUGACAAGGGCAAACGUGACGAGGUUCCCCCUCCUCCUAAGCCCACCGACAAGCCUGCUCCCCCUAAAGAGAACGACAACGGAAAGCGUGGGGACGUUCCUCCUCCCCCUCCCACCGACAAGCCUCUCCCUCCUAAGGAGAAACACGACAACGACAAGCGUGGUGAUAUUCCCCCUCCUCCCCCAACCAACAAGCCUCAGCCUCCCAAGCCUGCUCAGCAGUAA